UUGGCGUCACUGCGCUGCCAGCUGAUCGGGAGGAGAGAAGCCGGUAUGAGGGGAGUUGAAGCGGAGACUCAGGACGCAGCGAUAUGUGGGCUAGAUUGUGAAAUUUAGGACGUAAGACUAAUGGUGUCGUGUUGAAGUUGAGCGAUUAUAUUGUUAAUGAUUUCUGUAACACUCUGUUGAGUUGUCUUGAGCAGGUUAGGAUUAGGUAUUUCAGCUAGACGCGCUUUAGCUCUUUGAUGUCAGGAGUGAUUUGAGGUUAAGGUGUGGCUUUCCGCAAAAGGACGAAUUACUUAAAUUGUAGAUUGAGUUUAUAUUAAAUUCUUCUAUAUUUAGAGUAAGGCAAUACAUCAAAGACGUCCAAGAGAGACUGGAAAUAGGAUCGGGACAAGACCCAGGUCAUAAUCGAACUUGAGUUCCCAAUGAGCCACCCGCUUUUAAACGUCGUAUGUGCGCUGCCUUGUGCGCCAGAACUGCGAGCGAAUAGAAUCUUAAGGGUUUUAGCGGUUUUCGCGAGGAUUCGAUACGCGCGCGAGCUAUUUAAAUCCAGGAAGCGUUCGGUUACACAACGGAGUCUAAUCGUUCGAUGACCGUUGCAACAUUCGUUCUAACUUUUCGGAAGUGUGUGAACCCACUUCAGAACGAAUGGAAUCUGUUACAUUCCUUCGGAAGAGAUCGCGAGAGCGCUCGGUUCAGAGUUGAGCCGCACAGGGCGUGAGCCGUCCGCUAGUAGACCGUCUGUAGACAGUCUGUAGGCACUGUGAGGGAUAAAACAUUGCGAAAAUAAAGGAUGUUACGCCGAUUUUAUGUGGUAUCUGGGAGUCGAACCGCUUACCACUGUGACAUACGAAUCGAUCGACGAGAGAAAUCGAGAAUUCUACCAGUGAAGUAACCCUAACAUCUGGAGUGAAGACAUCAGUUUCGUACCAAUACCAACAGUGUUUCAUUAAAUGGAUUUCUUCUUGCGCCUGAAUGUCGUCUGACUGCUAAAGCGUGGCUGGAAAGAUACUGAAAUAUAGCAGAGGAGUUUGAAACUCCCUGGACAGUCCGUGAACUGAAUGGAGAAAUCACUAAGGAGGAUGUUUGAUUGCUAUUCAAGCUGCAGGAAUAGAUCUGUGUGGACGAAACAAACCAUAGCACGGAACUCCGACAAUUGCAUUCGUGGACAUACAGUACGAGGAGAAAUGUCAUAUCAUGAAGAAUUUUGGAACCACACCCUUAGCCUUACGCAUUUUUCACUGUUCUGCAGGCCUCUUUGACAUUUCGAUUUUUUUACAUUUUUUUUAGACUCUCAUUUGUGGAGGUUUGAGAGUUUUUAAGUGUUUUUUCUGGAGUCUUGGCAUACAUUCCACCAUUGCCUCCGUAAUUGGUGCGGUAUCGUGCCGCACAGACUGUGAGUGGGUUUUUUUUUGCAGAUGAAGCUCGGCUGUGACAGUGAUUUGCCUGUUUGGCAGGUGGCUGUAGUUGUCUUGAGUGUGGGAGGGGAGGAUUUCAGAAGAAGGUCUGCUGUUGUCUCAAGGACAGCGGAGCUUCCCGUCUGUGCAGCCCCGCAGUCCUGUGGGACCAAAUGCUGGACACUCAGGCGGUUUGUGCCAUUAGGUUUCAGGAAGUCAGCCUGCAGAGCUUCUGUCCACGUUUUCAUCCCCAGUAGCGUUACACAGUUCAAAUACUUUUUCGCUGCGAUGAUUCGGCACUGUCAGAGACUUGUAGACUUCUAGAAUGAGUUUGCUUCUGCUGUCUACCCUGAGGGACCUGUAUAAUCUCCCUUUGAUUAAAUGGGCUGCAGGCUUUGUGCUCUACACAGCCAUGCAGCCAAGCUAGUUCACCUCGGCUGUACAGAGUGUGAGCUGGCCCAGCUCUGUGGGAGGGUGGAGUCAUUCCAGAACGCCGUAUCUCAGACAGCAUGGAGGGCCUCUGCAGACAGAAUGGAAUUUAUACCAUAUGUACCAGGCAUCCCAAGAAUGCAUGGCACAGAGACUUGACCAACGGAAAGAACUGCAAAAAGCGCAAUGGAAAGGAUCCUGCCACACCCUGUUCCCACAUUUUCUGUGGCUUAUCGGGAAGAGACUCCGGGAAGGCCACUGGCUGACCUGCAGCAGUUCUUCACUGGCAAGCUUUAUGUCCUUGUGUACCAGCUAAAGCUGCCAGCUGAAGAACUGUUGUGGUCGUCUCUUUCCCGGCACAUCAGCACAGAGAUGGCGAUGCAGAGGUAACGGCAUCAUUCCAGACGGUCGAUGAGCCCGUCUCAACCAAUCGGAUCCCAUUUUUGUCUUUCCCUCCAGCAGCCUGCUCACGUGAGCUGUCUGAGCUUGGCUGGUCGUUCUUCUCAGGCAUAAACAAAAGCUACCGUACGGGGUCCAUGCUGACUCAGCCACAUUCCUGGCCUGGUGAGGGUCCCUUGCCCUUAUUUGGGUGUGGAGCAGUACGGGAGUGGCAUUCUGUGCUCUCAACUGAGCUGACAGAGGUGGCCAUCUUCCUCUUCUGCUGUAGCAAAUGGUGGACCUGACAUUUAGUGGGUGGAAACAUUAAGUACUACUGAAAGUAGUGUUCUUAUAGAUGUUUCCGUGCAUUCUGGAGGCAUGCCCAGGCUUUGACGUGUUUGUGUGUUGAAAGUCGCAGAGAUCCUCCAGGGAACAGCUGAUGAAAGUCUGCAAAGCGUAACUUCCUCUUUCCCUUUCGAGGCAGUUCUAUGGCGUAAAUAUGAUUUUUAUGAGCUUGUGCGCACUAUGUAAGCAUAUAACCUUGGUCACACUCACAAAACGGCCUAUGCACACAUUCCCGUCACGCCAACUGACCUUACGCAAGCCGUAAACUCCUCAAGGCUGACUUCUUCAGCACAGAAAACAGGAUAUGAAAAUACGUCCCUCUAAAUCCUCCCAGCCAGAUGAAAACUGAGAAUAUUCUAGGCAUUUAGCAGAACCAGAUGCCGCGUGCCUUUAAAUAUGCUCUCCGUUCCUCUCCCUUCAAACGUGUACAAGAUCAUGCCGCUCUCUCCCCGAGCUCUCAAUCAGGUCAGUUUUGCACAUGUAACCGUACCUUUAGUUCUUACCUCCUCACAAAAGGUUUCUUCAGGUCAUGGGCGAAGAUCGCCUACGUGAUCCGCUCUACUCUAAUGUCAAAUCUCCACAAGUGCAUUAAAAGAUUGUUGAGGGUCGUUGUCUCAGCUGCUCUUAAAGAAGCUCGGCCUGUCUGUGUUUCAGGUGCACUUGGGCUCUAGAUAGUACAGUGUGCUACUCCUGCUUUAACCCUCUUUAGGGCCAAGUGCUAAGGGUUAACACCUACAUUUAGAUUAGAGUACUAUGAAAGUCUAAAUAACUUGCAAUAUGGACAAAUGUGAUUGAAUGAUGUUAUGCUCAAAUAAAAAUUUAAAAAUGGCUUUGGAGAAGACUCGCCUUAUUUACUCCUAUUUCAAAUUAAAUGGGAUUUUUAUUUUUAAAAAAUAAUUUCUAGCUUUUCUUUUUUUAAUUUAAAACUUUACAAGGUCAGGAUUCAGUUUAGUGUAGUACGUUAUAGUUAGACUUGACUUUUUUCAUAUUUUUUUCAUUGUUUCAUGGCUAGACUGAUGGCCUUAUAUUUAGUAAUAUCUUUUUCAAAUGUCUUUUUUUUACAGUGGUAUUGAUUGAACAAAAUGCUCUUAAAUCAAAAUAGAUUUAUUUAGUGAAUUAUUUUGCAUUGAAUCAUGCCUUUCAAAGCAUUCUUUUGAAGAACAGGCCAAUGGGGCAAAAUGUUGCACGCUGUGUUUACCCAUAGACUUACUAGAUGUCAAUGCUGUUUAUUUUUGAUAGGGUUUUUUUUUUUUGUUGAACUAGUUGAAUUUUUUUUUUUUUUUUUUUUUUUUUAAGGACAACUUGUGUUUGUGAACAUUCCUUGAAUGUGAGAUGGGUCACAGAGCCCUUUUUGUUUAAUUAAGGUUGAGCUUGAAAGGGCCCCACAAGUGCAAAAUAAUCCCAAAUGGCAAAGGUCAGAUACUUCACAGUUACUUUGCACCAGGGUACAGGGUGCUCAGAUCAUCCGCCAGGGAUCUUCAGCGUACCUUAGACACUUUAGGUAAUGUUUAAACAUGGGGGCGAAAGCUCAUGUACUGUAAAACGGAUGGUUUUGCAUUCAAAAAGAUGUUUUUAAAUGAAACCUAAACAUCCUUAUAAAUGUCUCUAUGCACAAAACAAACAAACAUGGCCUGGUUUCUGUACACGUUCAGGCAUAUUCUAUUAGCACUAUCAUUAUUUUCAGAAAAUCUAGUUUGUCAGUAUCAAAUUAUUGGAAUUUUGGAUCAAGUCCAAUCGUUUGUGUGUUUCAUAAAUGAGGCCUUUACAGUCAUCUUUUUUGUUUGGUCUUAUGUUUUUUCACAAAGGGUAAGCAGAUGCAUCUGGAACAACUUGUUCGGACUUUAAUUCAAUUUAAAUUGGAACAAACAUAGGAAUUUAAGAUUCAUUGGUACAGCAUGUUUCACACGCCAUGUUCCACACUCAUUCACACAAAAUCUGUUCAUGAAACAGAAGUCCAUUUGGGUGGACUGAUGAAACAUUUAUCUCCACAUGGACUGCUUGAACAAAAGUGAGAAAGAACAUAUCCAGACUUGGUGCAAAGGGGUUUUACAACUCCUCUAAAUUCCCCCCGUCCGCAGGGUUAAAGCUGCUUAACCAGAUUACCAGAGUUCCAGGCAAGCAGAUCAUUCACCUGACGAAACAUCCGUGUCGCAACACUGUUCCAGCAUCCCGCAAUCCUGCCUGACCUUUGCCCUAAGGCAUGUGGCACGCCGGUGCCUUUUUCCUUUUACCGGGUCAAUGUACCACAGUCUGCCUGUUGCACAGCGGGUGUCAUGUAACCCGUCUGACUGGCAAGCGGCACAAUGUGUAAUUCAGUACCAUACAAUGGCCUCAAGAGACUGAGGGUGAUUCAUGGUGACUGCUUGGUCUUAUAGGCAGGAAGAAAACCAGAAAGAGUCACAUGGAAUAUAAGGCUGUCAUUCUCAUUUACAGCAUGUACACUACAGGGCUCCAUAUUUUUAUAUCCGCAUCCCACCUGAUUUUUGCAGCUCAUGUCAUUGACACUCACUGCGGGAAUGGCCUUUGGCCCAGAUUUCCAGCGUCUAAAUGUUUCUCAUUUGUUUAAAUCAGAGCUGACGUACCUGACUCCUCCUUUACUUCUCGUCGAUGUAUCUAUAUAAAGCAUGCGUGUGUGUGUGUGUGUGUAUCACCCAUGUAUGAGUCAUCCAAGUAUGUUUUAGUAGGAAAGUUUUUUUUUUUGAUGUUAUUAUUAAAAAAUAAAAAUUACAUCUACAAUUAGUCACCCUCUUGUUAGUUUCUUUGCUCGUGAAAAUUAUUCUCGUGGCAUCCAGAGGUGUAAAAAACACAAAAAAAAAUUUACUCUCUACAAAGUAAAAAUCUCACUCAAUCAACAUACUUGAGUUAAAGUAAAAAAACAAUUUUUUUUUCUGACAUUAAUAAUAUGACAUUAAGUCAUACAAGCCCUGUUAAUGAAUCAGUGUAUGCAUGAAAAUUACAUGUCCCCUGGCAUUAUACAGACUAAAAAUCUGAAGAAAGAAAGUUUGUGAUGACAUAAGAAUCUUAACUUUUUGGUGAACUUUCACAUUUUUAAUAACAUUGUGAUGCAGAGGCUAGAAACAUAUUCCAAACAGGACCCAAGAAUGGGUUGAACUGAUGAGCAGAGCCAAUUUUUUGUGUUGUUUGUCACUGUCUAAAACGAUAAUUAUUUGGGCUUUUUCUUAGCAAAUAUUCAUAAAUAAUGAUUUGUGACUAAUUAUAUGAAUCAAUAGGAAAAUCAUGUAAUUAUUAAGAUUUUAAGAUUUAAGAUUUUUAUAAUUUUUUUUUAAAUAAAAUUGUAAGGAGUAAAAAGCACUGUUUUUCUUCAGAAUUCGAUCAAGUAAAAGUACAAGUGGUCUGUUUAAAUUCCUACUUGAAUUAAGUAAAAUUCCUCUAAUAAAAUUACACUGAUGUCACGUGGACUAUUUUAACUCGUGUCCUUACUAUGUUUCCGUGCCCUGGUCAUAGUAGCACCCUUGCUGUCUAUGCAGAGUCAGAGAGUUCUCGGAUUUAAUCAAAAAUAUCUUCAUUUGUGUUCCAAAGAUGAACAAUGGUUUGGGUGAACUAUCCCUUUAAAAAUUUGACACAAAUAUAUGCAUAUUUGAGCACUCCAACCUCACCUUUCUUGUAAAUGGGGGCGUUUGUAGGGGCUUCCACUCCUGCUCUAAAACAAGCGGCCCUCUUAGCAGGUCCAUGUUCAGGCCCUGUGAUUAGAGCCGCUCCCCACAGUCUGGUGAAUUCAUUAGAUGCUGCUGGAAAAUCCCAUAUGCAGGGUGUCUGAGGGCCUGAUGACUCAGAGCAUAAGCACACCCACCAAUGUAUGAGUAAGAAACCGGCCUCCCGGUUAAAUGAAGCAGUGUGAUACAUAUAGCAGCAUGCAGCCGAUGGAUCCAGAAAUAGCCAGGGGAGAGACCCUACUAAGAAAAUCCGAGAACGAAAAGGUGAAAAAUUGAUUAAAGGAGAACAGGAAGAACAAAAAUGUAGGGAAAAAAGCAAGCAGUUAAAAUUUGUUGCAAAUCAUUAAAUCUGUCAUCUCUGUACCUUCGUGCUUAAUCCCAGCAGUGACGUCAUCACAGGACCUGUCCACCAGACGAUGAUUCCCUUCUCUGUUUAAGGCUGGUUAUGUAAUUCCAUGGAAAGUCUGACCAGGAGAACUACACGGGCUAGACAAUCUCAUUAAAGGGACAUGAUGCCUCUGCGUUUGUCUCCCUCAACGCUCUCCCUCUCCCUCCCUCACUAUUGAACUCUGUCUUUUUUAUAUCUCUAUUACUACUUCCCAUUUGUUCUGAUACGAAGUUACUUGAAUAUUAAUGAUACUGUACAUGCAUACAUUUGAUUUAAUUCUCUGACCUCAUCGUGUGAAGUUCUCGGUCACUGGUCUGUCAGGCCUUAUCUCGUCUGAAGGAGAUGAACAGUCUUGCCAGGUGACAAAACGUUGCAUUGUUUUGGGGUGAACAGGAUGACCUGACAAUAGUAAUCCUCUUUUUAGACUUAGGUCUACACCUUUGUAUUUAGCCUUUGUUUAGUCUGUUUGUAUUUAACUAUUUUGUUUAUAUAAGCAAUAUAUUAAAAUGUGAAAAUAUGGUAAUACUUUAUUUUAAAGCGUUUUCUAUAACUUACUAUUACAAUAACACUUAAAGGAAUAUUUCACCCAAAGAUCUCCAUUCAAUGUAAGCAGCAGCCAUGUUCCAACCAUGUUCCUGGAGGCCCUCCCCCAAACCUUUGUCUAACACACCCAUUUCAGGUCUUGGAGUCUCUACUAAUGAUGAUUACCUGAAUCAGGUGUGUUUGAUUAAGGAGACACAAAAAUCAUGGAGUGUUGGGGGCCUUCGUGGUGUAAGCAAGCACAUGACAAUCUUCAAUUUUAUCUCACCGUGGCAGACAGAAUGAUGAGUUGGGUUGCUGUCUAUGGAGGGUCAGAGAGCUACCUUAAUUUGUGUUUAGAAGAUGUUCAAAGGUCUCCCAGGUUUGGAAUGACAUGUGGGUAUACAAAUGUCUGCAAAUUGAUAAAACUGACCCAAGAUCAGUGGAGAGGUUUGCGUUUGAUUCAGGGGAGGUCAGUGAGUGCGUUUGGGUGGGUCUGCUGCAGUCUAAGAUGUUCUCACCGGAGACCUUCGCUUGCAUCCACACCCUGAUGUCCUUGAGAUCUUCCCUGCUGCCCCGCAUUCUUGCGAGCGGACUGUUUAGUGGACCUUUUGCUCUGGCUCUCUGCAUGGAGGAAUGUGAUAAUGCAUCCCAGCUUUGGCUUAGCCCUGCGGUCUCUGGCUUCCCAACACGUGUCUGGCUCUGACUCCCACCCCCCAAGAGACCUGCGGGACCCCAGAACGCCACACACUGCGCGCUACCCCGAGAGACCUGCUUCUCCAGCGUCACACUAGCAGCACGUUCAACGACAGCUGCGUCACUCAUGUGACUAAAUGUCAAAGGCCUUGGCGAGCGGCGUGUGUCGGUGAGGUGGGGUUUAUGAUGGAAUGUCUGCGAGGUUACAAUGUUCAGGUUUUGAGGCCGGACACAUUAAAUGAGAUUUAUGUGAAGAAGAUUUGCUGGCGUGCUCUCUUGAAUCCAGCAUCUUAAGAGGGCUUCAAAGAUGCUACUGCUGGUUUUAACUGAAGUACACUUUGCAAAACAUUGGCAUUACGUUGCAAUAGCACCAUGCAGUCCAUGGCUUUGGUUUCAUUGAAAAUAAAAGCAGGAAAGCAAUGUGAUCUGAAACAAUCUUUUUUUUUUUUUACAAGGACAGUGGAAUUAUUUAAACAGUAGGCUAUAUUUUAUUGUAAAUAAGGAAGAUUCUAUUGUUCUAUCCGGUGCUUAACAAAAUGCAGUAUCUUAGUUUAUCCAGUAUUACAUGUGCCACAACAGCAUCAUUUUACCAUAAAGGAAUUUGCCAAAAAGGAGUUUGUAUGUGUUCAACAGUUCAGAGAAAUCUUAUCUUAGUGUUCCAGUUUCAGAGGCUGCAUCCUUCAUAGCCUGUGAAGAUAGAACUUAACAAUAAAGUCACAUCUUAGUAAGAUCUAAGUCAACAAUUAAAAAGCUUUAAAGAUAUAGUUCACCCAAAAAUGAAAAUUACCCCAUAUUUUACUCACCCCAAAGCUAUCCUAGGUAUUUUACACAAAUACGAGUAAAAUACUGGGUAAAUUUCAUUUUUGGAUGAACUAUUGCUUUAAAGCUGUUUACAUUUUGACUAACAUCUUACUUUUUUUUUUUAUUUAAUUUGUAUUGCUUUUUGGGCUCUCUUUAAAUUUUUAAGUCAGACCAAAGACCAAAAUCUAUCCAACAGCAUAUUUAAACAAAUAAAACUGUAAUAUAACAAGCCCAAAGUCUACUUUAUUUGUUUAGGUUUUGCUCUUGCUCACAGACAGUCCACAUCACGUAAUUUUCGCAGUUAACUGCAAAUCACCCACAUGUAAUUUGUGUGAAAAAUGCAUACAAGGAUCUCAAUGCAAAAAAUGACACCUGUGCACAGAUCACUGUGGGUGUUUUGGCAGCGCAGAUGAGGGUGACCUGUCUGUGUGUUAAUUAAUGCCAUGCUUAGAGAGUAUUAUGGCCAAACUCUUUAGCGAUAAUGCUUUGGCCCGUGGAGUGUCCGUACUGCCAGUCAUAGAUCUGCAGGUCUCUAAAGUCCGAAGAGGUUAAAGAGCAUUUAGAGUUGAGAGCUGGACCUGCCAUCCCAGAAUAUCCCGGUCAGCUGGUCUCCCUGAGUGACGGAGCUUAUAGAAUAGCUCUUCCCACAUGAUGGUGGGUAGGUGGCUGUGUCAGCAGGCACUCAGUGUGAGAGUGUGCGCUCAUGUGCCCUUUGUACUGCCUGCUAUGCGCGGUGGUAUGUAUCUAAAGGUCGAGGGGAGGUACAUGAGGCUCCAGCGGGGAGAUAUCGGGCCACUCGUUGCCCUGGAUCCCAAAGGCCAACAUGACACUGUCAACUCUGAAUUCAUUUUCCUGUCAGGAGAACUCAGAUUACCGUCGUAUCAGGUUUUCUUGUAUAUAUGAUCGCAUAAAAAUGACUUUUAAGUUACUGUUUGGUGACAGGUGGCAUACUCAUUAGAGAGACAUUCUGGGGUUAAGUGAGUUGCUCAAGGGUGCUAUAGUCACAGAUCAGGUCCAGGCAGCUUUGAUCAACUUAGAACAACGAGGUGGAACAAACAGACACCCUCCUGCUGGAGCUUACAGAAUGGAUUUGAUGGCGCACAUGCUGCUCUCCACGUGGCUACAGACGCACAACGCAGCAUGCGUGGGUGAACUGACGCAGUCUCCAUGACUCACUCUGACACCAAACCUCACUUACAGCAUCAUUAAUGUCCUUCUGCGUCUGUGGCAGGUGAGCAAUCACAGAGCUGCACAGAUCAGACCCACUUACAGCCAUCGCACUGCAGCCGCUCCACUGCAGCGUUCACCAAACAGCCACGAAGAGCUCGACAACUCAUCUUAGCAAGGAGAAUUUUUUAACAGAAACGUUGUUGCUCUUCAACGAAAGUUACUUUUUACAUUUAAAUUUCAACCAGCUCUGGAAAUAAAUUACAGCUUUUUAGCAAAAAAAAAAAAGAUUGAUGUGAUAUUCCUUGUAUGAGGUAAACUUCCACAUUAUGUCAUAUUUUCUAAAUCAAAAAGCAAUGUGGGUAACUCCAAAUGUCACUAAGCAUCAAACACCAGAAAAGAUAAAUGAUUUAACCUUGUCAUUAACAGAGAAACUGUGUAAUAUUAGUCAUUAAUAUUUUUAAUCAGUUUUUUUGAGCUCCACUUUCAGGAAAACAAACAACACAGUAAUGCUUUUAUGUUCGAUUCUGACCUGUACCCAUGGCAACAUGCUUAUAAUUCAGCUUUUUGGAAAACUUUUAAAAGGAGAAGUUUACAUUUUUCAUCUUUGACUAUGAAGAGCAUUCAGAAUGAGCCUCAGACAUGUCUAGCAAUGGACAUGUUGAACUGUUGAAAAAGGAUUCAUUACAUUGAUUAAAAGUGACAACAAAAUAUUUCACAAAAACUUACAUUUACAAAAUUAAAAAAAGAUGUUCUUUGGAACUUUCUAUUCAUUACAUAAUCCUGAAAAAAGUAUCAGAAUUAUAAAAAAAAGUUAUAAAACAAAAAAAACAGUACUACUGUUUUAACAUGAUGUUUCUUCUGCGCCAAAUCAGUACUUAAAUGAUUUCUGAAGGAUCAUGUGACACUGAAGACUGGAAUAAUGGCUGUUGGAAAAUUCUGCUUUGCCAUCACAGAAAUAAAUAAAUAAAAAUAUGAAAAUAUAUGUGAUAUCAAUGUAUUUGACAAUAAUACUGUUAUAAUAUUUACUGAUCAAAAAAACUAAACAAAAGUGUACAUCAUACUUCUGCAAGCCCAUUUGAUUUAGAAACCUUCAGUAUUACUUCUGCAAAAUGUUAUAAGCUAGUUUAGCUACUGUACAACACAUGAUUUUUUACUUAUUCUUUAUUUAAAAAAAAACUGAAUUUGAGGAGAGUCCUUAAUUAAGAGCCUAAUUAAGAUUGCAAAGUCCACAUUGUGGCCAGCAGAGGGCAAUACACAGCUUUUAAAUAGACAUAUAAAAGCAUCCAAAAAAACAGACAGCAUUGACCAUGUGACUUCUGGCACCUAAACUUCAGUAUAUUCUGUUAUUGUUACAGGAAAUGUACAAUUAAUUUUUAUGUAUAUAUAUAUAUAUAUAUAUAUAUAUAUAUAUGUGUGUGUGUGUGUGUAUAUGCUCUUGAUAUGCUCAGAUAACCAUGCUGGGGUUAUCACAAAAUGUGUUUUUACACUUUUGAUGGUUGGAUCCCAUGCUGAUUGAUUUGUCCAGCGAAUCCACUUCUUACUAAUAUUGCAGAUUCUAAUAGGGGUUCAGAUAUGCGAUUGGCCGGUACACAAUGUUCAGACAUGGCUUGUAAAAACCAUAAUUGCAUUUAAUUUACUGUCUAAUCCAGGACAGUCCUACAAAAUGGCAUAAUGCAGAUGGGUUGUUCCAAACUUUUGUCUCGGCAGGAGCUCGGCACCGGCAGUGCUGCAAUAUGCUCUUUGCGAUCCAGCUGUCGGCCACAUGUGUGUGAUGAGGUCGUUGAGUCCAUACCCGGCUCUAUCCUUUCUUUCAGCGUUUCUGUAGACAGAAGGCGGCUGAAAGAAAGAACGUUAAGAAAGAAGCUUCGUCCAGAACGUUCUGGGCUCUUCUGGUUGUGGAUGUAAGGUGAAAAUGCUGAGGAAAGCCCUUCUGUGGAUGAGAAGGUGGGGCUGCUGGGCCUAAUCCUGUUAUCCAGGCCUUCUUAAUCCAGAUCCAGUCAGUCUUUACACCUCUUCAGUCACACAAACACACUUCCAACACAAAUAUAUCAGACAUUAUGGAGGACACCAUGAUGCUGGGUGUUGAAGGGAUCAAGAAAAGCAUCUUGUAUGGAGGGGCCGGUGAGAAGCCCAAACUUGUCACAGGAACUAAGGUGACGUUCCAUUUCCGCACUCAGCUCUGCAAUGAUGAGCGCACUGUGAUAGACGACAGCAAGAAGGCAGGUAUGCCCAUGGAACUGGUGAUCGGGAACAUGUUUAAACUGGAUGUUUGGGAGACUCUGCUCAUGUCCAUGCACAUAGGGGAGGUGGCCGAGUUCUGGUGUGACGUCAUUCACACCGGCAUGUAUCCAAUAGUGGCGAAGAGUCUGCGACGUAUCGCAGCAGGGAAAGAUCCAGUGGACUGGCACAUUCAUACCUGCGGCAUGGCCAACAUGUUCGCCUACCACAGCCUGGGCUACGAUGAUCUAGAUGAGCUUCAGAAAGAACCGCAGCCUCUUUACUUUGUAAUGGAACUUCUCAAGGUACAGCAGCCCAGUGAGUAUGACAGAGAGUCCUGGGCUCUGAAUGAUGAAGAGAGAUUGAAAGCGGUACCUGUGCUCCACGGUCAAGGGAACAAGCUCUUCAAACAGGGCCGAUACGAGGACGCCACCCUGAAAUAUAAGGAAGCCAUUAUGUGUAUCAAGAACGUGCAGACAAAGGAAAAGGCAUGGGAAGCUCCUUGGCUGAGACUGGAGAAGAUGGCCAACACGCUCACUUUAAACUACUGUCAGUGUCUGCUGCGCAUGGAGGAGUACUAUGAGGUCAUCGAACACACAACCGACAUCGUCAACCAGCACCCUGGGGCAAUGAAAGCCUUCUAUCUGCGUGGAAAAGCUCACAUGGAGGUGUGGAAUGAAGUUGAGGCCAGAGAUGAUUUCAUGAGAGUCCUGGAUCUGGACCCAGGCAUGAAAAAGACAAUCAAGAAAGACCUUGCGGUUCUCAAAAUGAGAAUGGAGUUAAAAAAUGAAGAGGACAGACUGAAGUACAAGGGCAUGUUCACAAAAAUGGCGAGAGAGCAAGAGUCUCUUGAGCUGGAGAAUCCAGAUCAAGAGAUUCCAGAGCAAACAUCUCCAGAACAAGAAACAUCUAAAGAAAAACAGAGUCCAGGGGAAGCACCGGUAGAGCAAACGGGUGAAGAACAAAAUAAUUCAACACAAACAUCUCCUGAGAAAAUAACUUCAGCACAGGAAGUUACACAAGAAGUUGUUUCACAAGAAGAAACAUCUACUGAUCUAUCAAGUUUUGAUCAUGAGAUACCAGAACAAUCAACUACUCAGAAUGUGACUCCAGAACAAUCUACACCAGAAGAAGCUACUCCUGAACAAUUAGAAGCAGCACAAACAUUUCUGGAGCAAUUAGCUUCUGAAGAAACAUCACCAGAACAUACUCCAGAGCCAACCUAUCCAGAACAAGCAGACCCAGAUCUUGUAUCUUUAGAACAAAUUACUCCAUCUGAAAUGACACCAGAAAACACCACUCAAUGAGUCUUAAUCAUAAAAAUAUUAGAUGUGGGGUAAAGUUGAACCCUUUUGAAUUUUACUUCUGAAAUGCUUUGUUGCUUCUCUUCAUUCUACAUUAUAAUGUAAAAUUUAACAUAUUGUGACUGUAGCUUUGCCAGAUCAUCCAAUAAAAUAGUACUCAAUUAA